AUGAACCCCGAUGGAAUCACAAAUUUGGAACAUGCCGUAAACGACGUAUAUGAAGCCAUCGUGGAUGAAGACGAUGAUUACGAACUCGACGAAGAUGCCGUGUGGCUUCGGGAACAGAGAAGCUUGAAUAAAGCGACUCACUGGUUGAAAAGACCUUCGGUGCUCAUGAUAGGAUUUCCGCUUUUCUUCUUUGCUAUUGCGUUUUCCAUCGGUGAUUCUACCCGAAGAAUGAUUACAUUCAAGUUGGCGUGUAAUUAUCUUGCGGGAAUGUCGAAAGAAGACAAAUGUGAUCCAAUUGGAACCCAGUUGUUGGUGUCGAAUUUGUAUUUGACGUACAGUAUUCUGUCGGCAGUUGUGAUGAUGUUUGCCCAGGGUAAAAUAGGGACGUUAUCAGAUCAGUACGGUAGAAAACUUUUUUUCAUUCUGAUCAUUUCAAUGUUUCUCCUUGCCAGGAUUUUCAAGUUCUAUGUCAUGCAUAAUUAUGAGUACCUACAGUUUGGACUCAUGGUAGCUACAGAAAUCGCCAGUAACUUGACUGGCGGAAUGAUAUCAUUGAUAAGUUUGACCAACUGUUACAUUGCUGAUGUUGUCGAACCUCACCAAAGAAUUUAUUCUUUGGGGUUGGGAAUGGCAUUUCUUUUCGUUGGGUUGUCGAUUGGUCCUAUCUUGGGUAAUGCUUUAUUGUCAUUGCCAGGACAUGUACAUGAUACUAUUCUGAACAUAGAUACAUAUAUGGAAAUUUCGGAACUAGAAUACCUCCCGUUAAAAUUCGAAAUUGUCAUGGUAUUUUUGGUAUUAAUGUUUCUCGUGUUUGUUGUUCCCGAAUCUAGGUCAGAGAAAGCAAGAUCCAAAUCUAGAACGGUCUCAUUAUCGCGGUCAUCGCUGUCAACUAAUGUCGUCGAUCAGGAUCAACAGCAGGAACAGCUUUCAAUUUGGUCCCGCGUUGGUGAUGUCUUGAACUUCUUGAAGCCUUUGAGGCUACUCUUGUUGCCAAGUGAAAUAGCCCCAAAUUUGGAUACUGCUAAAUUGAGGCGAUUACGGAUUGUCAUUAUCAUUUUGAUUUUAGUUGAUUGUUUGCUUACAGGAGUUGGGAUUUCUUUGAUGGAGGUUUAUGUUUUAUUUGGCAUAUAUAAAUUCGAUUGGCGAUCGAUUGAAAUAGGCCAUUCGUUAGCAGUUGCAUGCUCUUCAAGAGCGGUGAUGUUGAUAGUUUUGUCCCCCGUUAUCACUCACAAGAUAUUACAAAAAUGGUUACGAUUUAGGGUAUUAAAAAGUCAGUUUGAUAUGGUCGACUUGGGGGUUUGCGUAAUCGGCUUAUCCCUCGAGGCAGUAGGGUUAGCCCUCUUAAGCCUCGCUCCAUCCACGACGUGGUUUUUAAUUGGUAUGUCAAUUAUGAGUUUCGGAGCUCUAGCAAGUCCCUCGUUAAAUUCAGCCAUCAUCAAAUUUUAUCCUGAAUCUAAAAUAGGAGAACUUUUUGGUGCCAUGUCCUUAUUGAAGAAUAUGUUUACAUUGGCGGGUCCAGUGACUUUUCUUUCAAUAUAUAAAGUAUCAUUGUCACGGUGGAAUGCUCCAGGUACUGUCUUCUUAUUUAGCAGUAUGCUUAUGUUAUUCAGCACAGUUCUAAUUCUAGUUGUUAAGAAGUUGUUAAACUUAGAUAAAAAUACAGCUUCCCUGUUGACAAGAAGACCAUCGUCCAUUGUAUCAUUGGAAUCUCAUGGACUGAUAACAGACAAUAACAAUGAAGAUCCACGCAGUCAUAAGCCAAGCAUUCCCGAUAUCCAUAGAAAGAAGAGUUUUGUUGAAAUGCAACGAGGUCCACAGUGA